UAGUAGGAAGGAAAAGAAAAGCAGGCAGGUGCAGGAGCGACUUGCUCAAGAAGCUGCCAUAGGGAUCCAUCGUCGACAGGGAACAACAGAGGCAGAGGGAAGAGUUCAUUCUAUCGGGUGGAGGGGUGGAAAGAGCCCUUUGCAUAACAGAAGCAUUUUAGAGUGCCAGCUGCUUUAACUGGUAAAACAAGGAUGGCCACGAUGCAGGAGGGGAGACUGACAAGUGGGGCCCAGUCACAGGAUAUCUGAAGAAGUCCAGAGGAUCUCAGGCAAGGGAAGGAGUUCUCUGUCACGUAAAAAGAAAGUAAGUGCUUGGUCAUACCACCCUAAAUACUUUUGUAGGGAAAAAAACCUUCUCAAAUUGAGCUUUAGUAUUUCCUUAGAUCAAAUUCACCGCACCCUGAGCAAAUCACCUGGAAGAGUCCAAUAAUUGAUCAGUUCUCCCCUGCGUGACGGACUGCGGUGUCUUCUUAAUUUCCUCCAGUAAUGGAAGACACAAAAGCACCUAACAUUUCAGAAAGGUGGACAGUGAUUCUGUUUUGAAACCUGUUUCUCCUCCUCUUUUGUUUAAACCAAUCUAGUGCUAAAGAAAUCAACUUUUUUCUCUACUAUUUGUAAAAGUUCUCCAUCCACAUUACUGAAAAAUAGGAAAGCACAAAAAGAAAAUAAAAAUCAUCUAAAUCACUAUCUUGCCAUCCAGACAGGGCUGAACACACAUAUAUGUACAUGUGUGAAAAUUUUAAAAAGAAAACCAUGAUCAUUACCUUAGUAUACUGUUUCAUUAGACAAAAAGCAGAUUACAACACACAGUACAGAGACAGUACUGCCUAGUGGUCACUACUACUAUGUGAACUGGGAAAAUAAUGGUACUUGUCUCCUAUUGCUUUUGAGGAUUAAAUGUGUUAAUAUAGGUGUCUGACACAUAAAAUAUGACCAAUAAAUAUUAUCCAGCAUUUUUAUUAAAUAUUUUCUACUGUCAUUAUCUUUUCUCAAUAUAGCUUUAUAAAUUGGCUACAAAAUGUUACAUUGUGUAGACAUUUCCAAACUUCAUUAAAUUUCUUCUAUUGGGGGCAUUUAGAAGCCCACUUUAAACAAACAGCGGAGCCACACUCGAGGUAUAGCAGGCAUAGGCAGUUAGUUGCCUGUCUCACUCUGAAACCAGCCUGCAGCUUCCUGAUGCAUCUCCCCGUCUGUGGCAAUGAAAAACAGGAUGUGUUGCUUCUGGAACAGUCUGCUUAUUGCUGGGCUCAGACUGAGUCAGAAGCAACAACGUGGGAGAUAUAAAAUGACUAACCUAGCACCCACAACGCAUGUCAAUUCAGACUGCUGUUCCCUCCAUGUGGGCAGCUCACCUCAGGCGUUCCUUAGCUUUUCGUGCCUGGUAAGGACCCGUGAAGACAGACAAACCUCCGCCUGAUUGCUGAGACAUUGAGUCAACAGGAAAAUAUGAAUGAUUCUAGGCAGCAGUCACUGUUCUUCCUCACACUUCCAGACUUACACAAACUCUGUGCCGUCAGGAUAAUAUUGAGUCGUGGGGAGGCAGACACCGAGAUUAGGAGUACACAAAUGAAGAUGUGCAGGCAAUUGCUGUUUUUGCACCAAGAUAUUCUUGCAUCACCUGUGCCUGGAAUAUUUAGCCAAAUUUGGGUAGUGAUGGCGAUACCAUUUUAUAAAGCUGGAAAACUUAAUACCUAUAUUGAAAAACAUGGAGCUAAGGUGGAAGCUCCACAAAGAGUAAUUCCUGUAAUUCUUCAAAACUGCCUUUCAUAUUCACUCACAGCUAGGCUUGCUCCAGCCUGGAAUAAAACUGGCCAUCUCUUGGUGCAAGGAAGAGAAUUUCUUUCUCAGAUGGGAAAGCAAAGUGCUGUUGUACUAGACAUCAAUGUAACAGAAACUCAAGUUUGUCUAAGUAUAGAAGCUUACACAAUCAGACUGCCACCACCUAAGCUAAGAGAAUUUGACAUUUCUCAGAGCAUUAUAAAGGAUUUUGAUACUAAGAAGAACGCCGUCAUUGAGGGACAUUCAAUUUUAAACAACUGGUGCUAUGUUUUGCCAAGUAUGAAAAUGGGACAAAUAAUAAGUAUUCUUCACACCAUACCUCCUGACUGUCCUUUUCAAUCAUAUGAAGAUUUCCAGAUGCACUGGGAGGAUCUGUAUGGCUAUAAACUUCCAGAAGAUUGUGGAAAUAUUAAAAUAUACUGCAGCAUCUACUUCAAAAUGAUAGGAAGAAGGAUCUUCACAUACCCUCUCAGUUGCAUCAGAAGUCAGCCCAUACAGUUCUUUCCUAGGGUAGAUUUGGAAGGUGUGUUGAAAAGUUUUCUUUCAGAUUUAAAAUCUAAACUGCCCCAUAUAUGUGGAUUUCCCAUAAAGAUGACAACUAAACCAUGCUACUACACACAAGAACUAACUAAACCUCAUGUACAGGAAAAUAAAGUCAAGCCACCCAAUCUGACCACUAAGCAAAUGUUCAGGUCCUCUCUGACUCAGGCCCCUUCCACAAGACCCGCCCUGGCUCAGAGUCUUCUACCAUGUUCAGUAGCCACGGACCACAAGGUGGAGCUUUCAGUCAGCCAGCCAAAGCCCUGCACAUACUCAACUCUGCACCUCCAGCCAGAAUCUGUUCAGAGCAGAAAGAAAGCCCUGUCUUAUAAGACACCACACGUACAUUUGGAAGUACCAAAGCCCAACAGAGGAAAUACUCAAGUUCAAGACACAAAUUUUAGCUCCCGCAGUAAUAGCACCCCUAAAUUCAUACCAGUUUUCAAAACUCAGUCGUUACAGAUGAACAAAAAUGUCUUAGAACCUGGCAGCCUGAAAAGAAAACAGCAUGUUGUUACAGAAUCUAAAUUGUUUUCACUUAAAACUAGUGUGAUCCAGGAUGAAAAACUGAUUUUAGAUGCAACCAUAAAAAAGAGAACUAGUAGUAACAUUCAGAUGAAUGCUAGAAAUUUAAAUCAGAAGACUUCUAGACCUCUGCAAGAAAAAAACACUGAGUCCUAUGAAAACAUGACAAAAUAUCCCCCUUCUGAUGGAAAACGGACUGUGAGUUUAAGUGUAGGUAAAAAACUAUCUGAUAGUUCAGUAUUUCAGAUGUUAAAUAACAAUUUAGGUGUAAUAAAAAGUGCUGUUGACUUUCGAGUUAAUGGAAAAGAAAAUUUAACAAGCAAAUAUGUAACACAAACUUUAGGGAAAGGCCACAAGUCACUGAAAGUGAAAAGACAACCACACAUUUUUGAAUCAGGCACAGAAAUGGAAGAUCCCCAACUACCACAGCGGCAAUCAGGAAAUCAAACUAAAGAAGUUGAUGUAAGUGACCACCAACUGGUAGUGAGCAGAACAGUCCACAGGUCUAAAAGAAAGUUAUGGCAGGAAUCUUCAGAAACUUCAAAGAAGCCUCAUUCCAAUACUAUCCAUUAUAGGCAAUCCAGUUCUUCUAGUAACCAGAUACAUAACUUGGACAAAUCAAAACCGAAGAAAUCUCGCAUCAUUCCUAAAGCUUAUAACAUGGAUGUGAAAGAAGGAAAUAUUUACCAGGGGCUGACGCCGUGGUCGAGUGGUUAA